AUGUCUCUGCUCCUCAGUCUACCCGACGACUGCCUCCUCCUCAUCCUCUCCCUCCUCUCCUCCCGCGAUCGCAACGCCCUCUCCCGCGCUUGCCGCCGCCUUCACCGCUUAGACGCCUUCUCCCGCCGCUCUCUCCGCGUCGGCCCCGGACUGCACCCGGCAAGCGCGGCGCUCGCGCGGCUGCUGCGUCGCUUUUCGCGAAUCACCGCUUUCCACGUGGACUAUCUUGGAUGGGAGCCGGCGGAAGGCCCGCAACUUGCGGAUGAUGACGUGGGUGCAUUAGUGCUAUUAAACAGCGCAGUGUGGGAGUCCCUGGAGGAGCUGCGCUUCGAGAUGCACGAGGAGAAGAACGCACGGCCAGCACUGCCAGCACGGCUAGCACGGCCAACAGCUCCUGCAGCUGUGUCUGCAUCUGAGUCUGGUCCCUCUGCCGCCUCCUCUCGUGCUCCCGCCGUUGCCUGCCCACGGCUGCGUGUGCUGCGCCUUGCCAACUGCCCUGGUGUGCCUCGUGAUGGAUUUCUAUCAUUAUCCCCACCCUCCUCCCCAUCUUCCUGCCCAUUCUCAUCGCUGCAGGAGCUGCAGCUGUAUGGGUGCCCUGGUAUCUCGGAUACCACAAUGGCAGUAAUCCUGCAGUCCGUGGGCCCUUCUUUACUCACUCUCAAUCUGAAGCUCUUCAAACAGCUGCACUUCCUGCCGUCUGUCCCCAGCGCUCCCCUCACCCUUCACCACCGCCCACGCCCCCCCGCACCCUCUGCGUCACUCCCCACCGCCUCAUCUGUACUGCGAACGGCAUCAGUGGCAACUGCUGCAGAAGCGAACAUAUGGACAGGUGUGCCGUCGUCAGGUGUCGCAUCGUCUGUGCAAUUUGAGGAAGCAGCAGCAGAUGCGGCGGCGGCUGGGGGGACGGUGGCAGGGGGAGCAGCGUUUGAUGGGUGGGCAUCAGAAUCAGCAGCACACGUUGCAGCAAGAGCAGCGGCAAGGAUGGAAGAGGCCAUGGGUCCUUUGUCGGUGAGAGCACUCACAGCCGCAUGUCUCCCUCUCGUCGCCCGUUAUUGUCACAAGCUGAAUCUACUGGAACUGCUGACGUGGAACGACUACCCGCUCGGAGCUUCUCUAUUUGCUGGCUUUGCUGACGUGGCGGUUGAGCAGCUUCUGGUGGCAUGUCCUCGCUUGGAGGUGCUGCGUUUGGAUAAGGGCUUUCAUCUUGUCGUUCCCUCGCGAAGGGGCCACAUUCCAAAUUCUCAUCAGCGCUGUCCCCCAAACCCCACCCAGUUCACCCUCCCUCUCAACUUUCCAGUCUCAUCUCUUUCGCCCAUCCCCAUAAAUCACCGCCUGUCCCCUUCCUUCUCGUUUGUUUCUUGA